CAGAUCAGGACCUCUGUCUGCAGUACAAGGACCUUGUGUUGACCACCCGGCUUGGAUUAGGGAAGAUGCAAGGCAGGAGGAGCAGAGGGCUUAGCCAAGCCGUCUGUCAUCACCCUUCAGAAAGGACAACCUUUUUGCAGCGAGGGCUGCGUGGCCGCCUAGCAGUAGCUUGGCAUCUGGUGGGUCGGUGCUUCACUCGGAUGCUCCCUGACCUCAGCACAGCUGGCCUGGAGGUCACUUGUUGUGCCUGAGCUGUACCCAGGGCACGAGCUGCCCAAAAGAGGUGUGAAACGGACUCUGAUCUGAGCAGUUUGAUCUGAGCAGUCUCUUUUGAAAGCAUGUCAUACCCCACAGGACUCAAGCCCUGUACCUGAGCUGUUCCUGAAGUGCUGCAUAGAUGCAAGCCUUGCUGCUGGAACGGAGCUGCUGCUGUGGAGGAACACAGCAGCCUAAGCUGGAAGGAACUGCUGCUUCCCACGACUGCUGCCCUGCAGAGAUUGCUGGUCCUGACCUCAGCUGAGAGACUUUGCUGCGUUUCCUACCUCAGCCCCUGCCUGCGACAUCGUCUGGGGUCACACUGCUGCCACCAUUCAACCUCAGUUUUCCCCUGGCUUAAAGGAGGGGACAGAUUGUCUGGGGGCUGGAUGAAGCGCAGACUUGGCAUGAGGGAGCCUGGAGCUAGGACGAAGUUGCCAGCACAGUGGCAGAGGAGUCUGCUGGGAACGCGCGAUCCACGGCGUGCUGCAGGACUUCAGCUGCAGAACGAUUUCCCAAAGCAGUCGCACCAGAGGCUCUGCAAAUUCCCAGGCCACCUCACUUGCUCCCAGUGGGACAGAGACCUCCUCCUCCUCCAGUGUUCCUGCAAGGCUGAACGAGCUGCCCAGUGUGUGUGCACCUGGAGGCAGAGCUGCAGAAAAUCAACGGGGCCAAAAGAAAAUUAGCAUGAGCUGUUGCUAAGAGCUCCAGAGGUGCUGUACUGGAGCUCUGCUGACGUGCUGAUCCCUGUGACCAAUUCGUCUGAAGCAGGCUGCACCGUCAACUUGGAGACAGCUCCUCCAGGGUGAGGUCAGCUGCGCCUUUAGGAGAGUCUCCCAGAUGGCUCUUCGGGGAAAAAAGUCAGAGACUGAUCAACGUCUGAAAAAGGUAUCUCAUCCAGUGUCAAAACACCAGCUUCACCUUGUGCUUCCCAAGGACAACCUGAAAAGUGGAGCUGCCCCUUCCCUUUGCGUGGGGCUCAGAAGGCUGCUCACUGAGCUCUGGUGGCAGCGUGACCUCAGGAGCUCUCCAGGAUGUGCAAGUGCUGGGUUUUAUGGCCAAGCCUGUCCUGUGCUUGGCUGACGGCCUCGCUUUGUCACACUGAGCAGAGCUGCUGGGGCGUGCUAGCCUGGGGGAAGCCACGGAGACACUGGUUGCCCAGGUAUCUGGAGAAAUUCCAUGCUUCCAGAUAAGGACAUGCCACACUUACAGUUGCCUACCACCAUUAACACAUCCUCUUCUGCGUGGUCACGUGAAGGUUGCCAGCAUGGGUGGAGAGCUCUGCUGGAGAGCAAGGAGGGAAGCUGCACGCAGUCCCCUGCAAAUGCUGUAAAGAGCGGUCAGAGGUCCCCCUAUCAACUGCAGCCCAGCUGCAGCAAGACAGCCUGCUCCCAGUGGCCUUGGCUCCCACAGAUGCACGAGAACCAGGCUGGCUGUGUGCUCCAGGUGGAGGAACAAAGGAGCCUUUCAUCUGCUCCUGCAGAGCAGGCUGGUGGCCAGCCCCUGUGUGGUGCCUGGUUCCCUCUGCUGCAGCAGGGAGGUGGGAGCAAGCAGAGGAUGAAAAAUCAGAGUAAUGGCCGAGGAGACGAUAUCCACUUGACUUUUCUUGCCCACGGCGUGAGUGAUUAAUCUAUCGAAGGCAUUGCAGCGGAGUGAGACCACAAGGUUAGGCAGCCCGAAGCCUACGUGCUCCAGGAGCUGAGGAUGCUGCUGGACCGGCAGCCACAAGGAUCUCGGGCCGUUUCCUUGGAUCCCGAACUACCGAUGCCCCUUCUUGGCACCCAGCUCACCCCGUGACACCCGCUGCUGUCCCAGUGCCAGCGAGGGGAGAUUCCCAACCAAACUCUCACGGCGUCAGGAAGCAAAGAGGAUUUUCAGCCCUCCCAUCUAGCCGUGCGUCAGAUGGCAGCUCCGUGUGCCCACCUCUGGCCAGCUGGACCAAGCAUCUUCCUCUCCCGUGCUGACCUUUGCCGUGAGGUUGUGCGUGGAGAAACGUGCCAAAACGCCCCGUUGCCGUGGGAACCGAGGCCAAGAGAGGAGCGGGCAGCUUCUGCUAAUUGCCACAGCUCCUUGACCUCAGCUGCAAACCCCACUGCACGAAACCACCCCAUGGAGCUCCAGCCCCAUCCAGCCCAGGUCUGGACGUCUCCUGUGAACCUGAGGUCGCCGUGGCUGCGUCCCCGGGGAGGUGAGGACAGCUUGAGGUCAGCCUCCGGCCCCAGGAGGAGAGGACAAGGGAGAGAAGGCUGGGGCUGUGAGCCUGGAAGAGCUUAUAGAAGGAUAAGAUGCCUACAGUGCCUCUCUGGCCCUCGUCUGUGCCUCUUCCCUGCAGCCUCCCCAUCGUCGCCUCUGCUCCGCUGCCACCGCACCUCUUCAGCACCCGGGGCCGAGGUAAGCCAAGAGGCAGGGCGCCUCUCCCCGCUCUGUCUGACCCUUCUGUCCUUCUGUCCUUCUCCCUGCACCACCCCAGCAUGUGUGCCCCUCUCCGCCUCACCUCUGGCGGGGUUGCCCUCUCCUCUGCCGCCGUUUUGCAACUCUGCAAACUUUGUCCCAGCGAUCCGCCGAGCGCGCGGGGAGGGAGGGAGCAGAGGAGGGGGGAGGUUCGCUGAUAAUUGAAAAUAAAUGGUGCAUUCGAUGAAAUAAAUGUUCUGCUGCAGCCGGCUCGCUGCGGCUGAUUAUUUAUUUUUUCUUGCUGCUGUUUUUGAGGAGAGGAGAUGCCCAGGGAAAGGGGGGCUGGAGGUAAAGGAAUGUCACCCGCACGCAGACGGAGCUACCGGGCUGUCGUCCUCUAGCCUUCUGCUACAGAGUCCUGAGCCCCCAGCAGCUCUGCACCACCCCUAGCCUGUCCUCUGCCUCUGGGGAGCCCCUGCCAUGGGUGACAGCACCCGGCUGCUUGUGCCAAGAGAAAGCAGCAGCCUACCCCCCAAAAUGGGGCCAGGCCGGGGGUCCUGGCACCAGGCUGUGCUCCGCCCCCUUGACGCCCAAGGCAGCAGGGAAGGUUCUUACGCCUUGAUGAGACUUAUCCGGGAUUAUUAUUCAGCUGCUAAUUAAUCUUGAGACUGAUGUAAAGGCUUUGGGCUGCUGGUUGAAGAUCAAGCAGAUGAUUUCUGGUCUAGUCACCAAAAGAGGGACUGUGAAGAGCAUUACGUUGCCCUCCCCGGGCAGCUGAGCCCUCCCUGGCCUUUCUGGAGCUUUUGCAGCCCAACAUGAGCAGCUGCUGGUGGGUACUGGGCCCACCCCAGUACCAGUCGGGGUUAGCAGCCUGGCCGAGCGAGCCCAAGCCACCCUUUUUCUUCCCUUGCAAGUAUUUUCACCUAAUCUAUCUUGUUCGACUGCACCCUCAUCACAGCGCCAAGCAACAGCUCCAACGUCUCGUUUCCCCAAAUUCUGGUCAUCCUGAAGCGAGCACCAUCAGCCAGGAGCAGCUUGGACCUGGAGAGCGUGGGCUCAGAGGCAACCCCAGCCUCUUUAACCAGCGACCAGCUGUUAAAUCUCAGCAGCCCGUCCCCAGCAGUGGUAACCCCAAGCACGCAGCCUGCUGGCCCUCUGCACGUUCUGUUUUUAAGCUGCCCGGGUUCGUGGUGCUCCGGUUGUGGCAUCGUCCAUCACUGCCGGGACCGUGCAGGGAGGUGAAGCUCAUCUCUCUCGCUACCACCGCACCUGAGCAGGGAGCCUUGGUGUUAUCUCCCCAGAAGUCGCCUUCGAGUACAAUUCAAUUUCUUUCUCAUUUCUUUUCAAGUGCCUGGGACCGGGGGCUUGUGUCACGGAGCUGCUUUGCAGCUGUAAUGGUUCAGAGCUGUGUAAAUAGCCAGCAACUCUGAAGGCAACAGGCACAGAGGUGACAGCGGCAUCGCGUGGGCGCCUGUUACUGGUCCUGCUGGAGCUGAGCUGGGUUGGAUCCUCAGGUGCUGCCUGGGCCCCAUCGGGGUGGGAUCCUGCCACCCUGGGGACCUCGGUGUCCCUUGGGAUGGAGCAGGUCAGGGCUGGGGGGUGACACCAGCCCCAGCCCCUGGACAGCUCCACGCUGCUGGCAGCCCUAUGGGGAGGGGAUCUCAUAGCUGCACUACCAGCCUGUAAUGCUGUUAGGGUCUGUAAAUCUGCUCUUAAGAAUUUAUGGGGUAAAUAUUCCCGCACCAUAUUAAAGACACAACUCACGGGCACCCGCAUGCAGCCGCCUGGCUGGGCAGGAGCACGCGGCGAUCUCAGGGGACGGAGCGGCAGCGGCUGCCAAAAUCUUUGGGAAGUGUUAUUUUGGGGUCUGCCCCCUCCUGCUCCUAAUACCGCAGCACCCCGGGCCCCCCCUGCACCCUGCCUUGCCUCGUCCCCAGCCGCGGUGACAGUAUUUACAGCUGGAGCGUGCCAGGCCUAAUUGCUAAUCAGCUCCAGGCAAUCAAUUCAUCUCCCCGUCGCCUCCUCGGGGAGGGGCCGCCUGGCGGAGCUGAAGGUGACUCCUGCAGGAGUUAAGAUUAAGAUUUUAAAAAUACCAGGCGCUAAUCAGCACCACUUCGUUAGCAGAGCCGGGGGCUUGGCUGUGCUCGGGGGGGACCAGGCAGGUGCCCGUGCCUGUGGCUGGGCUCUGCGGGCACCUCUGGGGCAUGGCCCCCUCUGGGGAGCUCGCAAAUAAAAGCUGUGGAGGGGUUUUAAACACAAAAUGCCCUUUUCUUUUAUUUUCUUUCCUUCUUCCUUAAAACGCCUGCUGUUGCCCAGGCUGCUUGGGAAGGAGUUACUGCACCGCGGUGCUUGCUGUGAUGCUGUGCAAUGCUCAGCCCGGGCUCUGCCAGGGGUGGAGAAGCCCCGUGGUAAUUUGGGGUUUGGGAGGGAAGCGAGCAUCCCACCUGCUGCAAACAAACCAGCCCUCCCUCCCUUAUUGACUAAAUGCUGGAACCGAGGGGAGAUUUUUCCCUUCUCAUGAAGUGGGAGCAGGGCGGGUGCUUAACGGAGCUCCUGGAAAGUGCCAGCCGCCAGGUUUUGGGGAUGGAGGAACCCAAGCAAAGCAGAGCGGCUCUGGUGGUGGAGGGACGCUGAUUCCCAGCUCGUAAUUAAAUUAAGAGAGAGACGAGAUCAAAAGGGGGCUGUAUUAAAGAAUAAAUCAGGCUCAGGGUGCGGAGCCCCUUCCUUUAAUUACCGCGUGGAUGUGUAAUGGCGAGGGACUCCAUCAAUCACCAAGGAAAGGAAAGGUGUCGAGCGGAGAGAAGCCUUCCCUGGGUUAAUUACUGCUAACGAGGGGCAGGAAGCUGGGCAGAGGACACCCAUGCCGUGCUCUGUGGCACUGCCUGCAGCUCCCCUGCACUCACAGCCACCAAAACCAGCUCCAGAAGAGCAGCGGGUCACCCUUGGGCUUAAACCCCUUGGUGAGGAGCAUCAGUGUGAGCGGGUGAUGUCCACCGAGCCGCUCAAAAGCCGUCCUGAGGGAAGGACACGUCUGGAUUUUCUGCUCGGUUGCUGUUUACAGGGGAUGUCGGGGGCUGCGGGCUCCGCCGUCGGCAGCGCCGGCCCGGCCGGGUUGGCACAGCCCCGUUUGGGGCAUAAUUAAUUCUCUUUUGAUCAUCUGCCGUGUAAAUCAUCAGUGGCCAGGAGUUAAUCACGCGUAUGAAAUGAAUCCUGCUCCUGCCUUAAUGAGCACCCAAUCGUGACCGGCAUCUGUUUACUCCCCGCACUUUCAUCUUCUCUAGAGUGUGAACAAUUAAUUGUAGCCAAUAAUCUCCUUUUUAUUCCAUUAAAAAAAAUCUGAGAGCGAAGAGCCUGCGCCCCGUGCUCCUGCUCCCCACGUAGCCCCCUUGGCUUUGUUCUUUCACUCCCAUCAAUAAACGCGUUGUGGGAGCAACCCGGGGGCUGCCCAGCGAGGACGGGGCCGUGUCACCGCCACCAGGACCCGGUGCUGAGCCCAAGCAGACCCGGCGUGGUUGGACACAGAGGCACUGCUGGGAGCUUUUAAAAACCCGAGCACCCCAAGCAGCUGAGGACAAACACCAGGAGCUUGUGGCUUUGCUCCCCAGGGUGGCCGUCCCUGUCCUUGUCACUUCUUGCCCAACGUCCCCCGUGCUGGUGGCAGCUGGCAGGGCUCGACCACGGAGGUGAGGUGAGAUGGGGCUCUUGGUCCAGCUUGUAAGGAGAGGGCAAGGUCAGCAAGAUUUGGGGCUCCUGGACACGUCCCCUGCCGUGUUGGCUCCCAUGGCGUACUCGGCCGUAAUUUAGCCUGGUUUAAUUGACGUCCAAAUUAGCCCUCGUCGAACAGCGCCGCAGCUGCAUUCAAAAAUAUUUAAAAUUACGGCACAGCAAAACAUUUUCACAUUUCAUUAGCGCGUCUUAAUGGGAAGUGUCCGUGCCCCAAAUUCUCCCGUUGUUCUCAGCAGUUGAAGCUCUCAUGGCAGAGGCUGCGCUCCUGCCAAGCGUUGCACGAUGCCGGCACGGGCACAGCGGUGCCGAAACACUGCCGGGGAAGAAAGGGAAGGAAAAGCAGCAGCAUAGACGGGCUGCUUCUGGUCUGAAGUGGGCACCUCUGCCUUCCAGGGGCUGGCCCGUCCUCACCGGUGCCUGACUUCAUCCCUGCUGCUCUGAGCUCAUCUCCAGCACCCCCCGGCCCUGGGGACCCCCCCCCCAGCCCCUUGGCUCAGCCGCCUGUGAGCCGGGGACACGUCCCCACGCCACCCAGCACUGCCUCCUGUCCCUGUCCUCCUUUUCUCCCCAUGUCAUUGGCAUUCAGCUCUCCUGUUUAUUCAAUUAGCGCAUUUCUGCUUAAUUAUCUGAUUAAUCUGAACAUGUCUAAUUGCUACAUUAGCGGGGCGGGGGUGCCUGUCCCCCCCCUGCAGUGCACAAGGCCUCAGUCAAAGGAGCCGCAGCGGGAGCCAGGAGCGGCUGCGUCCUGUCCUGCAUGGGCCACGGGCACUUUCCUUUCCCAGCCUGGAUGGGAAUUGUCUCGGACAGGCGCUGGGAGAAAGCCUGCCCCAAAUCUUGGCUGAUGUCCCCAGGGGAAGGAGGGAUGGGACAGGACGGGAUGGGAUGGGAUGGAAGGGCAGGUCCCAGCACCACCACCCCAUCUCCAAGCCCUGGGUACUGCUGGUGCCGUCCCGGUGCUGAAGGCUGGGUGCUGCCAGCUGCCAAAAUUGCUGCUGAAAUUUCCACCUUCCCACGUUUGCUGGGCAGCCCUCCUAUUUCAAGGAAAGAGGGCUUUUUUUCCCUUCCCUGUUCUCCCUCUCCCCCAGAGCCUCAUCCUUGGCUGUCCCCAGCUGUGGGUACAGCAGAGGGACCUGGCGGUGUGUGCAGCUCUGCCCAGGAGCCUCUCAAGGGGGGAAAACCUUCCAUAAAAUGGAGGUUUCCAAAGGGAAAGAUGAAUGCAUAUGAGGGAUAGACCCCACGAAGUGCUGCAGCCUCAGCACAGGGCCAAAAUCCCCCCCCCUGCCGACUGGGGCUGGGUUAGUGGAGGGAAUAAUUGGUAGGUGCUUCUGAAGCGUAAUGAGUCGAGGGCGCUUGCAGCUUUUGUUUAUUGACUCUCGAGAUCUAAUGAAUACUUCCAAAGGUAAUUAUUGAUUUUCUGCAUUUGCAGGAAGCCUGCUUGGCUGGGGGAUGAAGUGGAGAUGGAAAUGGGGAGGUUUUGUGCAAGACCAAGCUCUGUUUCUUCCUCUGGCCUCGUGUCACUGAAGCAUCUUUGCCGUGGGGGCAAUGGGGCAUGGAGGUGUGGGUCGAGGUGCCAGGAUGGUGCCAUGGCAGUGGGGUCACUGCACCAGCACUGUCCUGGCCAUGGGGACAUGGGGACAUGGGGUCAGGCCUGGGUCUGCUUCCCUGGGGAUUCAGGAACCCCAAGCACCGUGGGCACAGAGCAGCAGGUGCUCAGCACCCACUGGGGUUCUGCGGCACGUCGCACACUGAGCAAAUAAUCCAAACCCAAGGGAAAAUUCAACGUUUAUAGAAAAAUCUUUGUCCGGCUCCAGGCCAAACCCAGCUCUCUUCUCUCUCUAGAAGGGGGGAAGAGAUUAAAAUGUAAUCCUGGGUAAACACAUUUUCUGCUUCCCGUCCCCGGGGGCACCUCUCAGCACGCACGGAGCCACCCCACUGCUCGCUCCUGUCGAGGGCCCCGGGCAGGCUUCACCCGCGGUGGGGGCAGCUUCUGCUGCUGCUCACCCCAGAUCUAAACUAGGGAGGUUAACCCUUUGGAUUUGGGGGAGGAAAAAGGGGGACUAAGCAUCACCGGGGGAUGGCACGGGGCUGGCAGCCGUGCCGGUGCCACCGCCGUGCUUUUUGCGGGUGUCUUGCGCCGCUUUCCCCGGCUGUUUAUUUAGGAGGCGAUUUAUUGCAGCGCCGUUGCUGUACGGCGGGGAGGCGCAUCCCUUGGAGCCUCCGUUAAGGGAGCCAAUUGCUUAAUUGGCUGCCGAUGUCCCCGCGAGGUACGCCAGGAGAGGUUUCACCUCGUAGCGAUCGCUGCCUCCCCCCUGCUCACACGCCACCCGCGCUGCCGAUUUAAUAGCGCAAACAUUUGUUAUUCCUCCCAUUCAGCAGCCAGAUCGGGGGUGUUCGGAGCAGCUCCAGGUGUGGGCUGGGCUUUGGGGGACAACAGGGGACAGCCGGGCUCGUUUGGGGCCAGGUGGCCUGGGGAUUAGAGGAGAGAAGGGCCAGGCGGGCUGGAAGCGUUGCGUGGUGCCGUGGGGCCUCGGCUGCAGCUGGCGGUGGCUGCACUCAUCCUGCAGAGCUGGGAGCUGGUGCUGGGCUGGGUUUUGGGGUAACGAGCUGCAUUUAUGGGGGGGGAUCAGCAUCAGGCUGGGAUCCUUCCCCCCUUGCUCCAGCAUCCCCACCGGCAGCACCAAAGGAGCCCCAGGGGCACCAGCUGGGUGUGAAGCUGUCCCCAUAGGACAAGGUCAGCUCUCUGCCCGUGCAGAUGCUGUCCGAACCCCUCGGGCUUUCCAGGUGGAGCUGGCUGUGUUUUACAAAGCCCUGCUGGACCUCUGCCUGACUCUGCUGCUGCUGAGGUUUUAGGGUUUUAGGCUUGCUGCUCUCCGUGCAGGGCCGCAGCCCUGGGCUCUGGGUACAGAAAGCAAAAAGCAGCGGGGCUGGAGGAUGUCAGACAGGCAACGCCCUGCUACCUCCUGCUAAUUUUGCAUCCAUCGCAAGGAGGUGAUCAAGUUUGCCGUGGUUUUCCCUCCUUCCUCAGCUCCCGCUGCCUAUUGUUCCUGGCUCUGCCAUCCCCAGCUGCUUACAUAAAGCAGCACGCGGCGAGCCGAGGCACAAUAGCGAGCGCCUCCGCCACCCAAGGUCACCGCCUCUCACUUGUGCUCCCAAGCACCGGCUCCGAGAAGCAUUUUCUCCCAGAAACAGCUUUAUUGGGCUCGGUGCAAGAAGCUGGGGGGAUCAUGCCGCUGCACUUGCCCCAGCCCAGGUGCCCCGGUGGCGAGGAGGGGUUGGAUCCUGCCCCGGCUGCUGAGCCCUUGGUUUUGGAGCCGCUUUGGGUUUCCCUCCCUGCUGCUGCCCCAGAGCUGGGGCUGAGAAGCAGCAAAGCCCAGCCCUGCCCCUCCACCUCGCUGUUAAAUGGGAGAGGAUAGAGGGGGAGGAAAAGAAGAGUUUGUUUCCCAAAUCCCUUCCUUGUGCAGAUCCCCGUGUGGACCAGAUACAGAAAGCUCCCCGUGGCUUUCUGCUGCUUUUCCUCUUGGUGAUCCGAGCUGGUGCCUAUAUUUUUUUUUUCAGUGAGCAGCUGGGAGAGGGCAAAACCAGAGGCUGAACCCAGCCAGAGAGGAGAUGCUCCUGGGGAGCACCCCUGGACCGGGAGCCCCGGGCUGGUCACCAUGGGGCCCAUUUGGGUAAUAAAACGGGCGAUGUACUUGGGUGGAGACCAUCCUGGGGCUCCCGGUCCAGGGAUGCUCCGGAUCCAGGGGUGCUUCUGGUCCAGGGAUGCUCCGGAUCCAGGAUGCUUCCGAUCCAGGGAUGCUCCUGGUGAGAUGCUCCUGGUCCAGGGAUGCUCCUGGUCCAGGGAUGCUCCGGAUCCAGGAUGCUGCAGCCCCGGCGAUGCUCUGGGUCCGGGGCUGCUCCCGGCGGAGCAGCUGCGGGAGGCGGCACCGGGGAGGGGACGGCGGCGGGGCCCGGCCCCAUUCCCCGCCUCGCAGCCACAAAACGGGAGCCGGGAGCGGCUCGGCCCCACACGCCCCCCGCCAGCCGCGCCGAACCGGGCUAACCCCGAGCCGCAGCAGCCCCGGGCACCCCAACCUGAGCCGUGCGGGGCCGGGAGGGAUGUAACAGCGAUCAGCACCGCGGAGAGCGGCGGAGCGGAGCCGUGCCGAGCCGUGCCGAGCCGUGCCGGGGCCAUGGCCAGCGUGCAGCAGGGCGAGAAGCAGCUCUUCGAGAAGUUCUGGCGAGGAACCUUCAAAGCCGUGGCCACGCCGCGCCCCGAGAGCAUCAUCGUGGCCAGCAUCACCGCCCGCAAGCCGCUGCCCAGUGGGCCACUCAGCUGCCUGCCCUACCCUGCAGAGGACAGACACCCCGAGAAGCCAAGCGGCCGCGUGUCCAAGGAGGCCUCCAGCACUAACGGCUGGGCGAGAGGGAAGGAGAGGCGCAGCCAUGCCCGCCGCAGGUCCCGCAGCCCCUCGUGCAACGGGGAGCGCGCACCGCUGCCGGCCCGGGGGAAGAAGAAGAAGAAGAAGUCUGGCCGCAAGAAGCGCCGGAGGUCUCCGUCCUACAGCCCCUCCCCUGUGAAGAAGAAGAAGAAGAAGAGCUCCAAGAAACGAAAAAGAAACAGGUUAUCCUCAAAGAAGAGAAGACACAGUUCUUCAAGCCCCAAAAGUAAGAGAAAGGAAGAAAGAAAACACAAAAAACACUCUCGUGGGCGCACCCGGAAAGCUCAUCGCCAUCGCCACCGCCACUCUCGCUCAGAGAGCUCCGACUCCUACUCCCCGAGCUGCCGCAGCAGAGCCAGGUCUCGGGAGGAAGGGCGUAAAACACGGCGAAGAUGCUCCCAGCACCAUUCAAAGGUCACAGCAAAGCGAAGCUCCUCUGCAGAGGUUCAGGCCAACCAAAAAGCCAGCCAAACCCUCCCACUCUACAGCUUCCUGUCUCCCAAGGAAGUAAUCUCUCAGUCAGGGUCUUCUGCUGACCUCUUUACCAAAACAGACAGCCCGCCGGGCAACCUAGCCAGCCAGAACGGAGAGUAUCAUGAAUAUGACUCAGGAAACGAUACUUCCUCCCCUCCCUCCACUCAAACGAGCUCAUCCAGGUCCAAGGACAGCCAGGAGAAAAGAAGUCUAGUCCAUGAUGGCUUUGGCCAUGCCUUCUCGUCCGGGAAGCCCAAACUGGCCAACAGUGAUAACAGCUCUGAUUCAGGAAAUUCCUUCACCAGUUGCUUUUCCCAGACCAAGGCGACAGCUUUGGAAAAUCUGUCUCCAGAUGCCCAGGGACAAGACCGAAGAGCGUGCCUGUCCUUGUGUCUCAGCUGUUCGGAGGAGAAGAAGCGAAAUUUGUCCCCGUCCCCAGCCCCCAGCUCCCCGGCAAGGCCGUGCUCCCGCAGCGAGUCGUACAGCAGCACGGACAGGUCCUCCCCUGGCUCCAGCCGCUCCAGCCGCUCCCGCUCCUCACACCACAGGGCCUCCCCCAGGUACUCCCGAAGCAGGUCCUGCUCUUCAGGGAAGAGGUCUUCUUCACGGUCCCCCAGCUAUUCUUCCAAAUCCUGCAAAAAAAGUCCUGGAAGCCGGAGUUCAAAGCCUCGCCGGAGCCCCAGUUACUCCCGCUACAGCCCCAGCAGGGACCGUGAGCGAGAGCACAAGUACGGCUCCAGCGAGAAGGAGACGCACAGGGAGCGCGACCGGCGGCGGCGGUGCUCCUACUCGCCCCUGAGGAAACGCAGGAGAGACUCCCCCAGCCACCUGGAAGCGCGGCGCAUCACGAGUGCCCGCAAGCGCCCCAUCCCCUACUAUCGGCCCAGUCCUUCCUCCAGCAGCGCCAGCAGCUACUCCUCUUGGUACAGCAGCUUCAGCCGCUCCCCCAGCCGCAGCCGGAGCUACUCCAGCUCCCGGACGAGCCGGAGCCGCAGCUGGAGCAGCAGCAGCGGGGAGGGCAGGAGCCGCAGCCGCAGCUCGGGCCCCAGAAGCAGCCGCAGCCGGAGCAGGAGCUCUGAGUCAGGAGGCAGCUCCGACAGCCUGCGGCGCUAGGGAGUGCCACCGAUGGCUCGCGCGCUGCCGGCACCUCCGAAUUCCUGGCAUUCUCCACGUCCUUCCCACCUACCCGGCCAUCGAGAGCAAUCACCCCGAUACCGAUGCGAUGGCAGCACCGGGUCUCCCUUCCCCACUUCGGACACAGUAAGAGGCUGCCUGCGCACGGUGCGGCUCCUUCGCCACCUUGCAGAGAGGAUGGGUCUGUCCCGGCUCUCCCAGCCGGGGCUGGAAGAAGGGUCGGUGCCCCACAGAGAGCCUGGUACUCCAGAUCUGCUCCGUCCUCACCAACAGCCCCCAUCUCUCCACCGCUGCCAUUCUCCAAGAGCCACCAGCUGGUCCAAAGGAAGAAUUUGUCUCCCUGCUCUUCUCCUGCCAAACCGGUAGCCAGCAGAUUAAUUUCCCUUGGAGGAAGAGACACAUUUAGGGAGGAAUUUGCUGGGAAGCUUUAGUGAUGAGUGGGGGUGACCUGUCAUAACCAAGGCAAAUAUCAGGUCCCGUGGGUGUCUCCCCCGGAGUUUCUGCCCACUCUGCAGCAGGCCUCUUCCAUGAGAAUAUUUAUUUAUUGCCAGAAGCCAGUCUCUGCUAGAAAUAGAAGGCUAGGAAUCCCUCCUGAUGUUAACUCCAGGGGAAAAAAAAAAAAAAAAAGCUCCUGCCUUUUCCUACCAGGUGUGCGUUCAUCUUUCACGGGGUCGUUUUGUUUUCCCCCAGCACUGAGACUCGUGAACGUGCUGAGGUCUGAAGCAGAUUUGGGAGUGGGGAGUCAGUGCCAUGGUGUGAGAAGUGAGGCUGUGGGGUUCCCCUCUUGGAGGCCUCUCCUGCAGUUUGGGGGCAGUUCAGGUUUUUCUAAGGGUUCCUUGAUCUCCAAGAGCAAGGUGGGACUGUGAGGAGCUGAGGGCGCUGGGUUAGCUCCGGCGAGGUACCUGCAGCGGGGUGUAGGGAGAGCACAUGGGGCAGAAGGGCUGUGUGUGAGCCAGGGAAUCCCAGCUCCACAUUCCCUUAACAGACAGCGGUGGUCAAUAGAAGGAGGGUUUGGGGCAAUAACUUCUCCUUGAGGCUCAGGCUCCCCUUGAAGUCAGGAUCAGCCUCAUCACUCCAAGUGUAAACCCAGAGGAGAUUUUCCCUCCCUGGCACUACACAGCCGAAAAGGCUCCGCUCUCAGCUCUGGCCACGGGGUGACCGAGCGGCUCCCCGACGCACGGCGCGGGGUUUGGCCUCCCCCAGCACUCCACCGCUGCUCCGAGGCUCUUCCCCUCCCCAGAGCUGCAGCAGGGUGCAGGGGAGCCCAGGUUGGUGCUGGGGGGACAGGAAGGGCCCCCACUAAUUGCCUGUUUUUCCCAGGAGGGCCCUGCCUGCCUGGGCGGCCCUGCGGUUUUGUCUCCCUGCCAGGCUUGCCAGCCCAGCUGCCUGCGCAAUUACUGUGUUUUGCAGGGUAACAAAGGCUUCUCCCAGCACAGGCUGAGCUGGUGCUGAGGAUUUUCUUUCUCUUACAACACCUGGCUGCUUAGAGACGCUAAUUUAGGCUUAAGACUUCCCUCCCUCCCUUUUUCCAUCCCCUCCCCUUCCAUCCUGCCUGAUUAUUAACAAGUUUGGGCUUAAUGAGUCAAGGAGGUGUGUCAUGUAAGUGUCACAGAAAAGGGCUAAGGGGAGCCAGCAUCUGCUGGAGGAGCAGAGGGCUUAGAAAGAAAAGCAAACUCACCAGAUAAAGGGUUACCCAGGGCCCUGCUCCUGCUGGCAGCAGGUAAAGGGGCCAAGCUGUGAGCAGACGAAAGACAAACACAGCCUGGAUGAUUGCCUUAUCAAGCAAAUAAGCGUGUUAUCUGCUGGAAAAAACAGUAGCGAGGGUUAUUCUGCUACCUGGCUGGUACACGGGGAGGCUCGAUGCCAGGGGUCCCCUUUUCCCAGUCUCAUUCCCACUGCUGGUGCCCCUUGCCCUGUGCCUUCCAGCCCAAGCCCCGCUUAUUUCCCGGUGCCCCUGCCUUGUUCCGUGGGGGUGAUUUGAGGGUGGCUGAGGCACAGAGCUGGGCUCCUGGGGCUGCUCCGUGGGGAGACAUCCAGCUCCUGGGGGCCACUUCCUAGGGCAUAGAGAAAAAAAUUCUUGGCAGGGCUGAGCAAAUCAGGGCGCUGUGGCUGAGGAUCGAAGACAGGGCGUUUGUGCAGCAGGGUGCUGAUUCCUUCCCCUUGCCCUGGGCCUGGCAGCAGCCCCUGGGCCAUCUUCUGCAGUGAGCUCCCUUCUUGUAAAGGGCUGAAAACCUCACGCUUCUUCCCCAGAGAGUCUCUCCCAGUUUGGCAUUUGAAUGCUCUGUAGAAGACCUGAUGGCAGUGAGCGGAGACCCAACCCCAAAUCCACCGGUGCACGGAGAGUUGCCCCCUGCCCGCGUACCCCUGAACGCACACUUGUGUCUGCAGCAAGGCAGCAGCGAGCCAGGCGGGCAAAAACCAGGAAAGAAAAGAAGAGCUUCGUGGUGUAAAUACCCAAACCCAGCGCUGACUGGAGUUCCUCGUGGCUGGGGACGGACGAACAAACACCGCGUCGGGGUCCGGCUGCCCCGCGCCUCCGGGACUGCCUCCGCCUGCACAGUCCAUGGCAGCUAAACGCUCCUGGGGUUUCCCAAGUGACUCGCGUCGGAGCAAACCUCUUAAUUUAUUUAUUUAUUUAUUUAUUUAUUAUUAUUAAUUAUUCUCUUUUUAAUCGGACGUCCGAACGGAUGCAGGUGGCCGCCGUGAGCAGUAUUUAUUUAUUCUAUUUUUUU